UAUUACAACUAGCGAAGAAGAAAAAGACCGUCUCCACUUCCGUGUGGCUUUUAUGAAUGACUCCAACUUCCCUGUGUAGCUUGCUAACUAGUGUCAACUGCAUCUUAGCAGAGCUGGUUAACUGGCUUUUACUACUGCCAUCAAGUCAGUCCAGAUGGAUUAUACUACAACGCAAAGUGGGUUCAGACAGCGUAAGUUACAGCCUAAUAUGCGUCUGAGGAAUACCUCCAUGGACAGUCCAGGAGGCAGUCAGCUGUUUGAGGAUACGAGUGGAGCUGCAGCUGGAUCACCGGCAGCGUACAGCAACCAGCAAGCUGGGCCUCAAGCAGAGGGAUUUCCUGGCCAGUCAAUCCUGUCAGACCCCAUGUCCAACCUGGCCAUGGCAUAUGGCAGCUCACUGGCAUCCCAGGGAAGGGAAAUGGUGGACAAGAAUCUGGACAGAUUCAUUCCAAUUUCUAAGCUGAAAUACUACUUUGCCGUGGACACAGUGUAUGUGGGGAAGAAGCUGAGCCUCUUAGUUUUCCCUUACAUGCAUGAGAACUGGGAGGUGAGCUACCAGCAGGACACUCCCGUGGCCCCCCGCUUUGAUGUGAACGCUCCCGAUCUCUACAUUCCCGCCAUGGGCUUCAUCACUUACAUCCUGGUGGCUGGACUGGCCCUUGGCACACAGAACAGGUUUUCUCCAGAGCUGCUGGGAGUUCAGGCCAGCUCAGCGUUGGUGUGGCUCAUCAUGGAAGUCCUGGCGGUCCUGCUGUCGCUCUACCUUGUGACUGUUAACACCGACCUCACGACCAUAGACCUGCUGGCCUUUUCCGGCUACAAAUAUGUCGGGAUGAUCAUUGGGGUGGUGGCAGGCCUGUUGUUUGGGAGGCCAGCGUACUAUCUCUCUCUUCUGUGGUGCUGUGUUGCCAUCUUUGUCUUUAUGAUCCGCACUCUGCGACUGAAGCUGUUAUCUGAGGCGGCAGCGGAGGGGAGGCUGGUGAGAGGAACCAGGAACCAGCUGAGGAUGUACCUCACCAUGUCUAUAGCAGCAGCACAGCCCAUUUUCAUGUACUGGCUCACCUAUCAUCUCAUCAGAUAAAAGCACACACACACACACACACACAUGCACAGAAUUACUUGUUGUUUUGAAGAUGAACUGGGCUGUCUGAAAUGCCAUCUCAUGCACUAAAAACCCUUACAAAAACAUACCUGCACACAUCAGAGAAGCUGGACUUGGAUGAAACACACAACAGGCACAGCUGUCUAAACGAUGAUCCAUCACGUCCGAGACAUAAAGACAGAACUACACAUUCACAGGUCUCUCUACAUGUAUGUAUGGAGCAAAACGACACACUUUACAAGAUGAUGAGAGAAGAUGUGAGGCAUCGCUGCCUUUUCUCUCACAGCACAGCCCCGUGUCAUUAGUGUUGCCUUCAAUUUGUUCGUUUUUUUUUUUUUUAUGUCAUGUCUUCUAAAUUGUAGCAAGAGCAAGUGGCUUUAAGUUGUUUUUCUAUAAUGUGUAAUUAUUUGUUUAUAAUUAUGUUUUUUAGGACUAUUUAAGUAUGUCUGUGCAUACUAUACAAGUGUUAUUGCAGAAGUUACUCUGAUAUCUCAAAGGGUUUCUCUGAGCCGAUGGACAGAAAGCACACAAGCCGUCUGUUUAAUGAAAAGAAAGGCCUCAGUUAGGUUCAAUGUGACGAAAGUGGAUCUGUUGUUUGAUAUGAAUGACAUUUUCCCUGGACCUAAUGUUUCAUGGAUGAUAAAUGUGGGGGGAAAUGUACCAGUUCUGUCACCACUAAAUCCAGAAACAAGGGUUAUCGAAUUGUUGUGGGUGAAGCACCGCCUCCACUUUAUCUGUUUAAUCAUUUUCUAUGUGCUUUGGUACAUGUAUGAGCUUCGCUGCCUGAUAAUUCUUGAAUAGAAACUGUGUAAGACACGUUAGGGGGUAGACCUCACGAUGAAAUGUUUAGUUGACUUUGAUAUCCUUUUAAAAAAAAAAAAUAAGUAAAUUAUUUACUGCUUUUCAUAUUGAAAGUCAGAUGGAAUAAAGAAAGGGAAGAGAUGA